AUGGAAGUCAGCUAUAAUCCUUUCCUUCCUUCCUUCCUUCCUUCCUUCCUUCCUUCCUUCCUUCCUUCCUUCUGCCCUUCUGCCCUUCCUUCCUUCAUUCAGUCCUUCCAAUGUCCAGAACAGUCUUUUCAUAUCUAUCUAUCUAUCUAUCUAUCUAUCUAUCUAUCUAUCUAUCUAUCUAUCUAUCUAUUUAUCUCAUCGCUUCAUAUCUAUCUAUCUAUCUAUCCAUCUAUCUAUUCAUCAGUCAAUUCAUAUCUAUCUAGUCGCUUCAUAUCUAUCUAUCUAUCUAUCUAUCUAUCUAUCUAUCUAUCUAUCUAUCUAUCUAUCUAUCUAUCAGUCUGUUCAUAUCUAUCUGGUACAUUCGUAUCUAUCUAUCUAUCUAUCUAUCUAGCUCAGUCUGUUCAUAUCUAUCUAGUCGCUUCAUAUCUAUCUAUCUAUCUAUCUAUCUAUCUAUCUAUCUAUCUAUCUAUCUAUCUAGCUCAGUCUGUUCAUAUCUAUCUAGUCGCUUCAUAUCUAUCUAUCUAUCUAUCUAUCUAUCUAUCUAUCUAUCUAUCUAUCUAUCUAUCAGUCUGUUCAUAUCUAUCUGUCUGUUCAUAUCUAUCUAGUCGCUUCAUAUCUAUCUAUCUAUCUAUCUAUCUAUCUAUCUAUCUAUCUAUCUAUUCAUCUAUAUCUAUCUAUUCAUCUAUAUCAGUCUGUUCUUUAACUAUCUGGUAUAUCUAUCAUCUAUCUAUCUAUCUAUCUAUCUAUCUAUCUAUGUGGGCUCUUCAUUAUCUAUCUAUCUAUCUAUCGAUCGAUCGAUCGAUCGAUCGAUCUUAUCUAUCAUUUGGUUCAUAUGUAUAUAAAUCAAUUCAUAUUUAUCAAUUCCAUGCUCUCUUUCUCUCUUACUUCAUGCCUAUCUAUCUAUCUAUCUAUCUAUCUAUCUAUCUAUCUAUCUAUCUAUCUAUCUAUCUAUCUAUCUAUCUUUCGCUCGUUCUUUCUUUCUUUCUGUAUUUUCUUGCUUCCUUUCCAUUUGUCAAUCGCUGUCUUUUCAUAUCUAUCUAUCUAUCUAUCUAUCUAUCUAUCUAUCUAUCUCUUCCUCCCCUUCUUUUCAAUCUCGUCAAUUUCUUCAUAUCUUGUCUAUAUAUCACUCUAAACCAAUUCAUAUCGUACCCUUUCUCUCUGUCUGUUCCCGUCUUCCUUUUUAUCUCUCUGGUGAUCUUUACCUCUUUAAGGAAGAUUCUGUUUCUUGAACAAUCUUUCUCUCUCACCCUGUCUCGGACCAUCUCUCUCCUUUCUCUCUCUCUCUCUCUCUUAGUCUUUCUUUUCUUUCUUUACACACAUAUCUACUUUACACACACAGGUGCGCAAUAUUUUAGAAAAAAAGAGGUAAAAAUGAAAAAAGACUGCUUCAAUUGGUACCUUUUUUUCAGGAAGAUUCACAGACAGAUUAUCACACAUGAACAAUCCCAGUUACAAAUACACACCCUGUCUGAGGACCAUCUUUCUAUCGGGGGACCAACAACAGAUGUGAGUCAAAUUAUCUUUCUUUCUUUCUUUCUUGACUGGGGCUUUCUAGUAGAGGUAGAGGAGGAGCUUUUUUCUUUCUUUCUUUCUUUUUUUUUUCUAUCUAUAUUAUCUUUCUCUCUGGGCUAUCACCUCCUCUAUAUUAUCUUUCUUUCUUUCUUUCUUUCUCUUUCUUUCUUUCUUUUUUCUUUCUUUUCUUUCUUUAAACAUAUAGAGGGCUAUCACCCCCUCUAUAUUAUCUUUUUUUUUCUUUCUUUCUUUCUUUCUUUCUUUUCUUUCUUUACACAUAAUCAUCACCUCCUCUAUAUUAUCUUUCUUUCUUUCUUUCUUUCUUUCUUUCUUUCUUUCUUUUUCUUUCUUUUCUUUCUUUCUUUACACAUAUGA